AUGGCCACCAACACCAUGUCCGCUACCGCCUCCGUGGCCACCACCACCUCCACCUCCAUGGCCACCGCCGAAUCCACCGCCGCCUCCGUGAUGGCCUCCACCACCGCCGCCGCCAAAGCUUCCGUGACUAGUUACACUAUAGCUAUCUACUCCAGAAUAACUGUCGGAGCCUCCGCCGUGUCCGCCGCCGAAACCUCCUCCGCCACCUCCUCCGUGAUGGUCAUCGUGUCCACCGCCACCAUAACCACCGCCUCCCCCACCGUGGCCGCCUCCGAAACCGCCGUCAAAUCCUCCUCCACCACCACCGUGGUGAUCGUCAUGUCCACCACCAAAUCCGCCUCCAAAACCUCCUCCUCCAUAGCCGCCACCACCUCCGUGGUGAUCAUCGUGACCACCGCCGCCGCCGCCGUGUCCUCCUCCAUAACCACCGCCUCCGCCACCGUGGCCGCCUCCAUAACCACCGCCUCCGCCACCGUGGGCGCCUCCAAAACCACCGCCAAAGCCGCCACCUCCUCCGCCAUGGUGAUCAUCGUGUCCACCGCCAAAUCCUCCGCCGCCUCCAUAUCCACCUCCUCCUCCGUGGUGAUCGCCACCUCCGUGACCUCCUCCAAAUCCACCUCCUCCUCCUCCUCCGUGAUGAUCACCAUGUCCGCCACCGCCGCCAAGAUACCUGAGAAACCACCGCCGCCGCCGUAUCCUCCUCCACCUCCGUGCUCCUCCAAAUCCACCGCCGCCACCAAAUCCACCUCCGCCUCCAUGGUGGUCAUCGUGGCCACCUCCUCCAAAACCACCCCCAAAUCCUCCUCUAAAGCCACCUCCGCCGCCGCCAUGAUG